AUGGAUGCUGCUAAGAAGAAGAUACGAAGAAGCAGAAACGGCUGCCACAACUGCAAACGAUUGAAAAUCAAGUGCGAUGAGCAGAAGCCAGUUUGUUCCUACUGUGCCAAGACCAGAGCUACUUGUGACUAUUCAAUAAAACUCACCUGGGGAGGGAGACCAUAUAGAGAUACCAACAAGAGACCCUGCAUGCCCGAGAUCUCGGAUGGUAUUGAGAGCUUAUCCAGCGCACUAGAGAAAGCCUCUAAUGGCGGCCAACAGUUCCUCUUGCAUAACUCUGAGAUUUUCAACAACUUCCUCUCUGGAAAUAUGGACGUUAAAAUUUCUGAAGAUGUAGAUGAUCAUAUGCGGGCAAAUCCUACUCAAGCUGCUGAAUCAAAAAAAUUCCCUAACGAAGACUUCUUCAGCAGCUACUCGGAAGACUUAGCCAGAAUCGAAGCGUAUUUGCCAGCCCGACUGCCCAACUUUGGUGGAGACUUCUUUGCGCUCUCCAAUUCAUUCCAUGAGAUCUUUGCCACGAUUCCACCUCUGAUAACACCUCUUCCAGAGAUCUUGUUGCAUGUACCUUUCUAUCGUAACUUGAUGCACUUCUGGGUCAACGUUGCCUCUGACCAUCUUGUGCCAGCACCCCCACAUUUGUAUAAGGACAAUCCUUUCAAAAUCUUGUUGCCUCAGAUGGCUAUGGAGUAUCCCUCUAUUUUGACGACGUUGUUGGCAUUUUCAGCUUCUAUCAGAUCGCUGUUGGUAGGUGCCAAUGAUACACCUGAGAUUGUGACGGACCAGUUGCUCUCAAGAUCUUGCCAUGAGUUACUAAAAUUGUUGAAAGACAGCAAAACUGCAACUUCUGAUUACACGUUGGCUACGGUACUUUUGCUUUCGUGUUACGAAGUGUUCAACUCAAAGGAUUUCAAUAAACAUAGAGCGCACACUGUAGGAGCCAGACAAAUCAUCAUGGCCAGAAACCAGUCUGCCAUCAAAAAGGAACAGAGCUCUGUGAUCGGCACUGAGAGUGAUAUCACAUUCUUUUUAAUGAGAUGGUUUGUUUAUGUGGAUAUCAUUGGAGCGUUAUCUUCCACUAGGAACAACCACAACUAUAUAUCUAAAAGUGAUAACAUUCAUUCGUACACUCCAGCCGAGUCGGUGACUACGUUGAAUGAAUUGGACAAACAUAUAGAACAGAAUCCUAAACGAGACAUCGACCAUUUGCUUGGGUUUGACGUCAAAUUCCUUCCUCAGUUUUCGGAGAUUGCUCUUCUCAUCAGACGAACCAACAGUUAUCUUUCACGUGAAGGAGUUGACAAGGAUGCAAUUCCGUUUGAAAUAGUAGCGCGAGCACUAGAAGUCAAGGAGAACUUGAUGAAGGCAUAUGAGAUAGGAGAACGUAGACGUCAGAAGAAGCUCGACGAAGCCAUAGACCAUCGUAUUCAACAGAAGAAGAAACAGACCAACAGCACUUCUCCUCCCAACUUGACUCAUUUGAUAGAACACGAUAACACCAUAAGGACCACCAAUAAGAUCUUCUGUGACACCGGGAUUCUCAACUUGUACCGUCGAGUCCUCAAGAUACCACGUGAAUCGUCACUUGUGCAAGAUCUUGCCAACAACAUUGGCUCAAUGCAAAUGAAGUAUAUCGAGUCGCGUUCGCCAGCAGAUAUAUGUACCAUUUUCUGUACGUUUGCAGCCGGCUGCGAAACCCAAGAUGGAAAAAUGCAACAAUUUUUCAACGACAGAUUCAGCUGUUUGAUAGAAAUGGGUAAUGUAAAUGCGUUGAAAGGGUUGAAGAUAAUGAAACGGUGCUGGGAAACAGGCGAGGACUGGAUCGUGGCGUCCAGAACGUUGGAUAUAGAUAUGGCUUUACUUUGA